AUGGGUAUUUGUCUUGAUCAUUUUUACUUGUUGAGUGUUGUAUUACACUUUGAAUACAAAGAAGACUUACAAACAUUUCUUGGAGUCAACCACAAAUGCGAACAAAUGAUCCAUACAAUGCGAGUCACCCCGAAACUACAGAACGAGAAAUCAGUGAUUUGGUUCUUUAAACACUUUUCCCCAGAGACGUAUGACACUCCUAUUUAUACAGAAAAGGUGAUUCCAUAUCUUUUACAAGUAGAUUUGAUUCGAUCUCCAAAUUUGAAAAUUUUAUUUAAAAAAGAACUUCUUACCAUCGAGACUUUUGACCUUCUAAUACCAAAAAUCACAUCAGGGGUACUUGAUUUGUAUGGUGAGGGAACAUUAAAAAAGGUCACACAAAUUAUCAUUUCAAAGGCAAAACAGUUUCAACGACUUGAGAGACUUGAAGGGGACAUUACGAGUAUAACAGAAUUUCUUGUGAAUUACACGGAAGGUGGAAAAAAGCUCAAUUAUAAGAUGCCCAAAUUGGUUGUAGUAAAUUGUCCACUGUAUUUUGAAAAUGAAAACGACACAAGUAUGAAAGAAUGCUUUACAACAAUAACGAAGUGCAUUCCAAACUUUAAUAGAACAAAAGUUGUUUGUCAGAUUGAGAGCAACACUGAUGAAUGGAAAGUAGCUGAAGAGCAAUUUAAAGAAAUAAACUUUUAUUAUCACUAUUUGAACAAUUUGCACAAGAGAAGUGCACUUCUAUGUGAAGAAGGUAAGGUGGGCAUUAAAGGAGAACUCCAAGAAGAUGAAAGACUUGAAAUGGCAUAUCCACACGCAAUAGAGCAAACAUGUGAAAACAAUGAAGAAUUUCUGACUCAAACUGGACUUCCACAAUCAGUCGAAGUGUUUUAUAUGAAUGGAUGUCAGUUUGAAGAACCAUUUCUAUUAAAAACGGACUUUUUGAAUGUGAGGCAACUCUUUUUAAAUACUAUCAAUACAGUCACAUUUGAGUGUUCAUUUUUGAACGUUGAAAUUUUGUCGAUUAUCAAUUGUGAAAGACUUCUAUUUAAAGAACAAUGUGGCCUUCAAAAAUUGCGAGUGUUAUGGAUUCAAUCUUGUGAAGAUGUGAAGUUCUACGGCAAGACCACAACUCCAUUACAAUAUAUAGGAAUUAAUAUAUCACAAGAGAUAAUUUACCAAAGACAAGUCGAGGCACUUCGAAAGAUUCAAAUUGUAGAUUCAGGCAAUGUUGAGUUAAGUUCUAUAACAAGAAGUGAAGACAUAGAAGAAGGGAAUUUUGUCUUUGUCAAUUUAAACGACAUACAAAUGAAUGGGAAAAUUUACGACACAUUCAAUACAAUGAGAAAUAAUAGAAGUCUUCACUUUGUAUCAAAGUCCCUUCACAGUUUUGUGAAUGGAGAAGUUGAUAUUGAUAAAGGAGGUGAAUGGGAGUACAAAACCGUGUAUAGGACGUUUAAUACUAAUUUGGAAACAAGUGCUUCGCAUAGCAAUCCAUUCGACUACUUUGAAGUUGAUAUGAAACUCAAUCAAUUCAUUUCUAUUGGAGUUGCUGAUAUAUAUGAGCACAUGAAGAGUCACAAAAGUGAAUCCAAUUUGCCAUUCAAAGUCUUUAGUUUUUAUAGUGAAGACGUUGAAAUCGACUUUUGUGAAAAUGAAAAAAAAAGGACAUUUGGAAAUGAAGAGAAGAAGUCCAACGUCUGUGGGUGUGGGAUUAUAAAUACAUCAGAAAUUUUCUUUACACAAAAUGGAAUAUUACUGGGAAGGUUUCCAAUCAACUUUAAACCUGACAUUCAAGCUAUCGUGUUUAACAACAAGAUCAGUACUAUCAAUUGUGGGGAAUCGGCAUUUCUCUAUGAUUUGAACUCUCUGGAGUAA